GCGAUCAUCAUGAUGAAUUAAUAAAGAUGGGGAUCAGUCCAUCUCUGAAGGGAACCCAACUGACUCAUAAGUUUCCGUAUGUCAUUUUCUGUGCCCCUCCAUAUGGAAAUCCAGAUUACCCUGGUGAAGUCAGGGAAGCAACUUUGAAUUGGAACGGUGAUGGUUCCUUCCUAUUUACUUCAAGCUCGGCUCCCUAUGACUGCAGUGACAAUGGAUCUUGUGAUGAGGACACUCCAGUCGUACCAAUUGGGAGGAGCCCCAGAACAGAUAAUCUACUCAAGGCAGAGAAAGUAGCACUGGAGGCUGGUGGUUGUGUUGUUAGACUAGCUGGACUCUACAAAGUAGAUAGAGGUGCCCAUACGUACUGGUUGGAGAAAGGGACUCUUGAUAUUCGGCCGGAUCAUAUCCUCAACCUAAUCCAUUAUGAGGAUGCAGCAUCACUUUCAAUUACCAUCUUAAAAAAGAAACUUCGUGGCAGGAUCUUUCUUGGCUGUGAUAAUCACCCGCUAUCCAGGCAGGGACUGAUGGAAUUGGUUAAUAGGAGCGGAAAAUUUAGUAAGAAGUUUGAGGCUUUUACAGGAACAUCCGAUCCUUUAGGUAAGAAAUUAAACAACUUGAAAACUCGUGCAGAACUAGGAUGGGAGCCAAAAUACCCCAGCUUCGCUCGGUUCCUCGAGAGUCUCUAAGUAGCUUUUGCUAUCAACUACAUACUCUGGAGCAAUUGGUGUGUGUAUAUAGAGCGUAUUGAUGAUAGACGAAGUAUCACUUGUGAAGGCCUUGGUAUUUUAACUUGAUCACUAUAGCUAAUAAAUAGCAUUUUUGUCCAAUAAAGUUAUUUUAUCAACCAAAUACCUACCUCUAUAUUUUCUGUUCAUUUGCUCUCAUAUCUAAGAGGAUUCAAGUAUAAACAUCUGCGUACCAU